CGGAAACACCCGAGCGAGAGAAGCCGACAAAAGCCGAGUGGGCGCGUGUGAGCCUGGCAGAAGGUGGUGCCUCGGUGCUCACCCCUCAGCCUCCCCCCUCAACAACUCAACCAAUCAAAACCUAGUUCCGCAGAGCCAGCGGGACGCAAGCUGACCGCACGGAGCGGGGUCGGGAGGGAAAGCGGAGUUACCUCCAGGAAGUCGCGGUUGCCGUGGGAACAGGGCCCCGGGAGGACGCGUUACCGCGGCGGCCUGGGGCCGGCGCCGAUGGAGCCGAGCGCGGACGCCGCGGGGCCGGAGCCCGUCUGCCCCUGCCUGGCCUGGGGCGCCGAGGAGGUGGCCCAGUGGGUGGUGCAGCUCGGCUUCCCGCAGUAUGAGGAGUGCUUCAGGGCCAACGGCAUCACCGGCCGCCGCCUCAUCCUCGUGAACUGCUCCAGCCUGCCCGCCAUAGGCGUCCAGGACUUCGGCCACAUGCAGGUGCUGGCGGGCGCGGGCCCCGGAGCCCCCUCCUCAGGCACUCGGAGCCCAGCUCUGGCCCUUUCUGCUUGCAAGCAAGCGAGGCUACAGCCUGUCCACCGAGGCAGGUGGCUUAUUCGGGGAGCGAGCCUUAAACUGGCCAACCGAAUUCACUCAGCCAAACACUCAUAUGUCUUGAGUCUUUUCAGGAGAUUUCACGACACGUGCGAGAGUUGCUAGGGAUUGAGGAGCCUGUCUUCAGCAGAUCCAUUGCCCUCCCAUACAGAGACAACAUGGGUCUCUUCCUGGAGCGAAAGUCCUGGUCAGGAAAGAAAGCAGAUGCCCUCACUUUCUCACAGUUUAUCAAAGAAGCAGGACUGGAGCCCUACACUACAGUUCCUCCUUUGCAGCAAGCCCAGACUAGGGUAGAAACGGACGUUCUCCCUGCAUCGCAGGGCCCCCAGAGGCAGGAUUAGACACUCACACUGCAAUUCCACACUUGUAAGAAGCCCAGCAGAAUACACCAUAAUUACCUGGAAGUUUGUCCAAGGAAGUACAGUUCUACCUUCUCCUGAUUAUAGAAAAGGCAAUUGUAGCUCUUAGCAUUUUGAUGACAGCAAACAGAUCCCCACAUCGUCUCUUUUCUGCAAUCUUUUGUUUGCUUCAAGGAGCUAAGUGAAGCAGAAGCUGUAAACCAGGCUGUACCACUGUCUGUCUUUCACUUCUGCUUUAGAGUUGAUUAAAAUGACAAAAAGAUAUCACAGACAUAUUUUAAUAACCAGUGAUUGAUAACAACUUCCUGGCAGCUGCCAGGCUUUAGUGUCUGCCGACUGGGCUCACUGUAAAGCCCAGAUGUAAGAUAAAUGGCACACACAAUAACUGGUAUACAGGUGUGGUGACAGCUGCUGUCAGCAACUGUAAUUAAGUGAGGGGCCUAGUUACAACAUGAAUAACUAAUCACCACAGACAUUAUUUCCUGUGAGGUAAAACCAGGCAGCAGUUUAUCAUAGCAAACUGUACUGAAACACAUGAUAGAUGAUGGCAAGAAGUAUAAGAGAAUACUGUAAACUGAACUAGCAGAUUGAGGGAAUAAAAAAUGCUUUGUCCUGGGUGGAUUUGGA